AUUUCCCCCUUUUCCCCCCUUUUUCCCAUUAACCUCUCUUCUCUCUCCCCGUUGAUAAACCCUCCUCCCUGCUGCUCCUCCGCCGGAGCGCCAACACCGUCACCGCCGGCACCGUGAAGUCUACAUCUCCUUGGCAACACCGACUAGCAUAUUCCGUCGACGUCUGGUAUGGAUGCUAUGGAUGCUGAGGAUGAAGUUCCUGUUUCAACUACAGAACCUUCGACUCUAGUUGAUGAUAAUUCAACUGUGGGUAAUGCUAUAGGUGCAGUUAAUCUUCAAACAGUCCCACCUGUUACUCCACCAGUUGUUCCAACGGUUAUCCUUCCUCCUGUUGUUCCUGCAAUUGCUCCAAGGCCUGCAGUUCCCACCUCUAUUCUUCCCCCAUUAGCUCCAUUGCCUGUUCGCCCACCUGUCCUUAGGCCUCCGGUAGCACAGAAUGGAGAAAUGCAAGUGAGUGAUUCAGAUUCAGACCUUGAAGAAAUGGGAUCCGGUCGUGGUGCUGGGGGAUCCACUCAAGAAUAUGAGAUCUCCGAGGAGAGUAGAAUUGUCCGAGAGAGGCAGGAAAAGGCCCUGCAGGAGCUUCUCAUGAAGAGACGUGCUGCUGCAUUAGCAGUUCCUACAAAUGAUAUGGCCGUUCGAGCUCGACUUCGAAGGCUUGGCGAACCCAUAACUCUCUUUGGAGAAAGGGAGAUGGAAAGAAGGGAUCGACUGCGGAUGCUUAUGGCAAGGCUUGAUGCAGAGGGGCAGCUGGAAAAGCUGAUGAAAGCUCAUGAGGAUGAAGAAGCAGCUUCUGCUGCACCAGCAGAGGAGGAGGAUAUUCAAUACCCUUUUUACACAGAAGGAUCAAAAGCACUUUUAGAUGCUAGGGUAGAAAUCGCAAAGUAUUCUUUAGUUAAGUCAGCUUUACGUCUCCAUCGCGCAAGGAGGAAAAGAGAUGAUCCAGAUGAAGAUGUUGAUGCAGAGGUUGAUUGGGCUUUAAAGCAAGCAGGGAGCCUGGCCCUUGAUUGUAGUGAAAUGGGAGACGAUCGACCCCUUUUUGGAUGCUCGCUUUCACAUGAUGGAAAGAUGCUUGCGACCUGUUCUCUGAGUGGAAUAGCAAAGAUAUGGAGUAUGCCUCAAGUGCAAAAGGUUUCCACUCUGAAAGGUCACACUGAACGAGCUACUGAUGUUGUGUUCUCUCCAACAAGCAAUUAUUUAGCUACUGCAUCUGCUGACAAGACCGCAAGGUUAUGGAACUCAGAAGGUUCUCUCCUCAGAACGUUCGAGGGACAUUUGGACCGUCUAGCUCGGAUUGCUUUUCAUCCUUCCGGAAAAUACUUGGGCACAGCUAGCUUUGACAAAACUUGGAGAUUAUGGAAUGUGGAGAGUGGUGAAGAGCUGCUUUUGCAAGAAGGUCACAGUAGGAGUGUUUAUGGAUUGUCUUUUCACCAUGACGGUUCAUUAGUGGCAUCAUGCGGGUUGGAUGCACUUGUUCGAGUGUGGGAUUUAAGGACUGGACGAAGUAUUCUUGCUCUAGAAGGCCAUGUUAAACCGGUUCUUGGUGUCAGUUUUUCUCCGAAUGGUUAUCAUUUGGCUAGUGGUGGUGAAGAUAAUACCUGUCGUAUUUGGGACUUAAGGCAGAGAAGAUCUUCUUACAUCAUACCAGCUCACUCCAAUCUUAUCUCUCAAGUUAAGUUUGAGCCUCAGGAGGGAUACUUUUUGGCUACAGCUUCCUAUGAUAUGACUGCUAAGGUUUGGUCACCAAGGGAUUUCAAGCCUGUAAAGACACUCUCUGGUCAUGAAGCAAAAAUCAUGUCAUUGGAUGUUGCGGCAGAUGGGCAAUUCAUCACCACUGUGUCUUAUGAUCGAACAAUCAAGCUAUGGUCAAGCAAAAACAUUGAGAAGGAAGAGAAAAUGGAUAUCGACUAAAUUUUCACCUUGCUUAGUUUGUUGGUGUCUUGCCAUUUUCUGAGAUCAUCAAGAAGAGUUGAGUAUGCUGAUUUAUGUGUUAAGAAUCUCUGUAGAAAAUUGAAGCAAAUAGGCCCUUUGCUCAUUCUGUAUUUUGUAAAGCCUUCGUCAACCAAUGAAGUAGCAACAUCCUCUACUGCUCAGGAAGGACCCAAGGAUUUGGUUAUUUGCUGAUCCGUGAGUUGGGUUCAGAACGUCACGAGACAGUUCUUGUACUGCAAGUAUUUUACACAAUUCCUUGACAAACUGUGAUGCUUCACUAAGUUAUCUCUAGAAAGUCUGAUGAAGAUUCAUGUUAUGCUAAUAGAGUUCUUCAUUGUAAGCAAUUGCAGAUUCAGUGCAUUUAUGAGAUAACUCUCUUGUAUUGAAUGCUUCAACAAGAUGGAGAAAUUUAACAACAUUCUGAGAAAAUUCUACUGUA